CAAUCCAAACCAUCCACUCCGCUGCUCCUCGUACCAUGAGCUGAAUCUGUCCGGGACAGACCAGGGAAGAUGGCGGCCACUGACCAUUCCCGGUCCGAAGCUGCAAAACAGCGUCGGCAGGAUCAGCUGCAGCGAUGGCUGGGCUCGGAGACGGAUCAGACGGGAUCAGACGCGCGGGAAACCUCGGGCGGUUCCGUGACGCGGCGGACGAAAGUCCGGUUCGCCCAAGGAGCAGUGUUUAUGGCCGCCUGCUCCGCCGGAGACCGGGAGGAGGUGGCAGCGCUGCUCCGGCAGGGAGCUGACAUCAACCACGCCAACAUAGACGGACUGACAGCGCUUCAUCAGGCCUGCAUUGAUGAAAAUGCUGAGAUGGUGCAGUUUCUGGUGGAGAGCGGGAGUGACGUCAACAGAGGGGACAACGAGGGCUGGACUCCUCUGCACGCUGCAGCGUCCUGCGGCUUCAUCCAGAUCGCUAAAUACCUGAUAGAGCACGGCGCUCACGUCGGGGCGGUGAACAGUGAAGGGGAGCUUCCUCUGGACGUGGCCACAGAAGACGCCAUGGAGAGACUUCUCAAAGCUGAAAUCAAGAAACAAGGCAUAGACGUGGACAAGGCCCGAAAGGAGGAAGAGAGGAUCAUGCUCCAGGACGCCAUGGCGGUGCUGGCAGGAGGUGGCACUCUCACACCUCACCCAAACACCAAGGCGACCGCUCUCCAUGUUGCUGCUGCCAAAGGCUACAUUGAAGUCCUGAAGGUGCUGUUACAGUGCGGGGUGGAUGUGGACAGCAGGGACACGGACAGCUGGACGCCCCUGCAUGCAGCAGCUCACUGGGGGCAGGAGGAGGUGUGCACCCUUCUCGCUGACAACAUGUGUGAUAUGGGUGCCGUCAACAAUGUGGGCCAAACACCUCUAGAUGUUGCCGAUGAGAACCUGGUGGACGCUCUGGAGGAGCUACAGAAGAAACAGAACGCUUUACGCAGCGAGAAAGAGAAACAGACUCCUGUUAUUGAGACCAGCCCUCAAAUCUCCAUGGUACCAGUUCGCGCACGCAGGACAUCUAUCUCUCGUAUGAGCAGUAAGGAGAAGAUCUGCCUCCACGAGCGGGAGAAGCACCCACCUCCUGCCCUGCAGAGCAGUCCGGCUGAGGACGAGGAGGAGGAAGGCCAGACGGGACAAAGUCAGUCUCAGAGCCAGGCAAAAGCUUCCAGCAGCUCCAGCUCGGAGGAGGAGAGUGAAUCUGAGAGUGAUGCAGAGUCAGAGAAAGCGAAAAACCGAGAGAUCAUUAAUAACUUGAACAACAAACGAAACACCAGCAGCCUGCUUCCUACCUCCAUGUCAACGAGUACUGCUGCAAGCCAAGUGAAAAAGCAGGAACCAAGCAAACCCACAACCACUGAGGCCCCCGGCUCCUGGAGAACAUCUCUGAGGAAGGCUGGUAGCUCGGUGACUCUGGGCUCAGUUGGACUGUCUGACUCCAGCCAGGAUGCCAGCAGACCUCCAGAGUCAGGCCUGGGCAUGACCCGCUCUGCCUCCAGCCCACGCCUCAGCUCCGAGGCCGACACCAAGGAGCCAAGGCUCGCUAGGGUACCACCUAUUCCAACACGGAGACUCUUCAGUAUUCCAGACAGCAGCCCUGACAACUCCAACAGUUGGCUAAGCCGUAGCUCCUCUUACACCCGGCGCCUUCAUAGUCAAACAGGGAAUGAUCUCACUAGUUCCACCCCCUAUUUGCUUCACAGAUGCCUUUGUGUUUCCAAUGGGUUUUGUCAUGUUGCUAGCUCAUCUUAUGGAAAGAGACUGGAUGACCCCACCGUGACCUCAGCUAGCACAGGAACAAGCUCUGCUGGACUCAGCCGCCUUAACAGUGUCUUGGCGCAGAGACUUCCUCAGGAACAGAUAGAGAAGAAGGAUCAGUCUGCCGUCACCACCUCCAACUCUCAGAGCACGACCACGGGCGAACAGGAGACCAAGCAGAGGCGCAAAUCCUAUCUGACGCCAGUGCGGGAUGAAGAAGCAGAGGCGCAGAGGAAGGCUCGCUCCAGACACGCACGGCAGUCCCGCCGCUCCACUCAGGGGGUGACACUAACAGAUCUGCAGGAAGCGGAGAAGACCAUGAAAACCAUGAAGACUGACAACAAAGGGAGAGAAAAGAAGGAGGAGGAAGAGAAGGAGAAAGAGAAGGAAGCAAAACCGAAGAAGGGAGAGGAGGGGGAAGUGAGCUGGAGGUCUCGUAUUGCCAGCCUGCAGAAGUCGGACCUGCUGGGCCUCACGCAGCCCGCUGGCACUCCACGGCCUCAGGCUUCUGACAGGAGAGAUGUUGAGGCCAGCACUGGGGAGAGUGAGACUGAGCGAUGGGCCAGGGAGCGCAGGGAGAGGAGGCAAGCUCGGGCCAGAAGGAAGGCACAGAGGACCGGGGAGAGUGAUGACAAUGAUCCCAGUGGAGAGGAAGAGUUCUCAGGCAGUGGGCUGGAUCCACAGACAGACAAACACUUGAGUUCCAGGUCAGAUGUAUCCUGUAACGACUAUACCCAGGGAGGAGAAUCUGAGACCAAGGAUUUUAAGAAGUUGUUCGAGGAGGUCUCCAGAGAGAACAGCCAGCUCCAGUCUCAGCUGCAGGACACUCAGAGGAUUAUCAGUCAGACUAGGUUGGACCUGGAAAAGGCCACGCAGAGACAGGAGCGCUUCAGUGACUGUUCAGCCCUGCUGGAGCUGGAGAGAAAGGACCGGAGGAUGUUGGAGCGGCGAAUGGCAGAGCUGGAGGAGGAGCUAAAGGUUCUGGUUGACCUGAGAGCAGACAACCAGCGUCUUAAAGAUGAAAAUGGAGCACUGAUCCGUGUCAUCAGCAAACUCUCUAAAUAGAUGUGGAGAGAGAGGGAGAGAGAGACACACACGAAGAGCAGGGAUCUCUCCCCCUUUCCCAUCCAUCCAUCCAUCCAUCCAUCCAUCCAUCCCUCCUUCCACACAUUCCUCCCAGUGCCAAAGAGUGAGAGGGGGGGAGAGGAGCAGCAGAAUGUCCUACGUUACAUGAGCACCACAGCUUGACUUGGAUUGUGAUGCCUCUCUGUGAACAGCUGGAGUGGCUUUUGUGUGCCUUAAUGCCCGUUAGUCACAGGAAGACGGAUGGCAUGAGGGCCCGUGGCUUUGGUCAGAGCUCCAACAGUAGCAACAUGAGACUUGACAACAGCCAAAACGCCCACAGCUGGUGCAACACACAAAACACAAAAUCUACGACGACUGUGCAUCAGGGGAACUCGAACGUGCACACACAUUCCUAUGCGUGCAUCACAUACUUCCUCAAUGCACAUUCCACUGAGCGCACAAGGCAGCUUGGGCCUUAAAGCUCCCACUUAGUAUUUAUUUUUUUGUGAACACACUCACGUCACACACUCACGAAUUUACCCCACUCACAGUCCAGAUCGAAUGUGUUGCCAAGCAGUAAAGGUUUCGGUGUAUUUGUUUAAAACUCGGCUCUGAAACACAUUUCAGCCUCUGUCUUCACAUUCAGUAACGUCCUGACGACACGGCGAAGUCCAUGAAGCUCUGUUGGGUUGUUUUGUUUCCACGUGCAAGUGUUUGAACCCACCUACCUCUCCACCUAUGCACUUCCCCACAUACAUUUUUAUUUUUGUGACCACAGACACACUCCAUGCUCUUAAACAUGACCGCAGAACCAGGUCAGUCGACCACAGCACUUUACUCUCUGCAAAGCAAUAAAAGAUCUGCGAGGCUUUGCCCGUCCUCCAGUCAGACAACUUUACUUUUCAGAGCAGCGCCUUCUCACUUAGCAAGUCGAGGGAGAAGUUACCCAUAGCUGAAGGUCAAAGGUCAUUGCACAAUUAUAAAAAAAAUUGCUGUUCUGUCAAAGCCUAUUAUGCUAUGAAUGGUUUUAAUUAUUACCAUUGGUAAAGAUAUUAUUUUCAUAGUUUUUCAUUGUCCGUUCCCCUCUUGCAAGGGAGCAUGGUUAUGUAUAUUACAUGUGUAUAAAUAUUAGUCUUGAAGAAUACCCUUUUGAAUUAAAAUUCCAUGUAGCCUUUCAUCACAUGUUGGUUUUCUAAUAUAUUAAAUGGAUGUCUGCACCCUAAUAAAAAAAAAAAGUGUGUUUGUA